UCCCGACAGUCACAGUGUAUCCGGUGUAACAGCUGAGUGUGAUCUGACAGUGUGAGUGUGUCCGUGUCUGUGUCCGUGUCUCCACGGCGUGACUGAACUGUCCGGGAUGAACGCACUGCUGCGGCGCUUCGCCCCACAGAGGGUCGUUCCGUGGAAAGGUUUCCAUGUGGGAGCGCCGUCGGCUGCAUUCGAUCUGAGGAAAGUUGAACUGACCCCUCUGGAGCAGCGAAAACUCACCUUCGACUCCCACGCCAUGGUGACGGAGCUGGAGAACAGCGGUUUUGAGAAGCGGCAGGCGGAGCUGAUCGUCUCUGCUCUGGUCACUCUGGCCACGGCCAACAUGGACAUCAUUUAUAAAGACAUGGUGACCAAAUCCCACCAGGAGAUCGCGGUGCAGCAGAUCAUGGCUCAUCUGGACUCGGUCAGGAAGGACAUGGUGAUUCUGGAGAAGAGCGAGUUCGCCAACCUGCGGUCUGAAAACACGAAAAUGAAGCGAGAGCUGGAGCAGCUGCAGAACAGACUGAAGGAGGAGACUGAGAAAGUCCGAGCAGAAACCAAACUGGACAUCAACCUGGAGAGAAGCAGGAUCUCCGACAUGUUUACUGAACAGGAGAAGAAGCUGAUGGAGGCCACGUCAGAGUUCCAUCACAAGAAAGCUGACCUGGAAAACGACAACAUGGAGGUCAACAAGAAGAUCGACCUGCAGGUGGCGUCGCUCAAAACGGUGCUGGAGUCGCUCAAACUGGAGACAGUUCGCUACCUGGCAGCGACCGUCUUCUCCUGCCUCGCCAUCGCUCUGGGAGUCUACCGGCUGUGGAGGUGAAGGAUCCACAUCAGAACUACGCCAUAAAGCUAAAAUAAAACUCUGAUUUCACAGAAAAAGUACAAGAACAACGAUGUAAAAAUAAAAGCACAGACCUUCUAUCAGCAUGAUCUACUUAAAGUAUACAAGGCAAAAGGGCUCUUUAUGUAGAAAAACGGAAGUAAAAACAGAAGCACUACUCCAAAAUACAUAGUUACUCUAGUACUCUAUGUAAGUACACUAUAUGCUUUUAAAUUUUAGAUGUGGAAGAAGUAGUAUUUGCUUAAAGUACAACAGUGUAAAAAUCCUCUAAACAGCGUCAUAUCUUUAAUGUAUCAGCAGAUCAUAAUUUACUUGAUAAUACUCAAGUACUUGCUUUUUUGAGUACAUGCGCAUAUUAAAUAUCUGUGAAAAUAUUUCAUUUUAAUGAAGUGACCCGUUAAGAACAAUGUGUUUUGGUUAGAUUUUUAAAAUAAUUGUACUUUGUAAAUUUUUUUAAGUUGUUUUUAAUAAAGUAUUUUAUUUAAUCUGA